AUGUUGAAAUCUUGCUUUGCACCCUUCGUCUCCGAGUCUCAGGAUGAAAACGAAAAUGAUGACAGCAAUGCACCGCCGCCUUUUUUUCAACUGUUUGAAACGUUGGUCCAACACGAACGAUUUGUCGACGAAGCUUCAGGUCGUACUAUUUCCUAUGGCAUUGGCGGUGAUCCCAAAGGAUCUCCCAUUUUAGUGUUUCCGCCGCUCUCGGCCAAACACCGCAUGCUGGUCAUGAUGCACGAUGAUUUGGUCCAAGCUUCCCUCAAAGCUAUUUGCGUCAAUCGACCAGGAAUUCACGGCACUUCUCCAUCGAAGGAUGCGGUCGAUCACUUGAAUUUAGUCAUGCAGGAUGCCUUGGCCGUCUUGGAUAAGCUGGAGAUUCCAAAAGUGGGCAUUUUGUGCAUGUGUGCUGGCACCACCUACGCGCUCAAGCUGUAUACCGCUCAUCCCGAACGAACCACUCGAAGGAUUUUGGGCUUGGCACCUUGGACGCUGCCGGCCGAUUGUCCUCAUUCUCGUGGACUCUAUAAAUUUGCAGCCAAUCGACUUCCAAGGCUGGCAGUAGGCGGGCUAGUCAGCAAGAUGGAAAUGACCAUGAUGGGAUUUGUUUCCAAAGAAACCAUUGCUUCCAAGAUUGACGAGACCUGCAGCGAAGAAGAAAGCGAGUACCUCAAAGACAAGUUGUCCAAAUCGCCUCAUAAGCAAAGUUUUCCGCAAGUUCUAGAAUGGAUGAUGGAAGACUCCUCGGAACGCAAUGCCAUGGAGGUGGCUGUAUGUUUGUCUUCCAGUCAGGAUUUUGAGUUGGAUUACCGCCAAGUGGAUGGGACGAUUGUCAUUUGGCAAGGAGAUAAGGAUAACAUGGCUCCAGUUCAAGCUACCCAGUGGCUAGCGAACCAGUUUGGAACACCCGGCAAGGUAUUCUUUGUAGACAAGGGGACGCAUUCGGGUGCUCUCUUUGUUCUGGAUUCCAGAAUUUCACAAGCCUUUCACAUGUUGAAAGAGCAAUGA